AUGAUGCAGAGCACUGAAAGAGAAGGCUUUGUGGUGAGGGUCCGGGGCUUGCCUUGGUCAUGCUCAGUCAGUGAUGUCCAAAACUUCUUCUCAGAAUGCAAAAUUCAAAAUGGGGCAUCAGGCAUUCAUUUCAUUUAUAACAGAGAGGGAAAACCAAGUGGAGUGGCAUUUGUUGAACUCGAAUCUGAAGAUGAUGUCAAAUUGGCACUGAAAAAAGAUAAAGAGACUAUGGCACACAGAUAUGUUGAAGUAUUCAAGUCAAACAGUGUUGAGAUGGAUUGGACAUUGAAGCAUUCUGCUCCAAAUACUCUUGACACUGCCAGCAAUGGCUAUGUACGCCUUAGAGGACUUCCAUUUAGCUGCAACAAGGAAGAUAUCAUUCAGUUCUUUUCAGGGUUGGAAAUCAUGCCAAAUGGGAUCACAUUGCCGGUAGACUUUCAAGGGAGGAAUAGUGGGGCAGCCUUUGUGCAGUUUGCCUCACAAGAAAUAGCUGAAAAGGCUCUCAAGAAACACAAGGAAAGAAUGGGGCACAGGUACAUUGAAAUCUUCAAGAGCAGCCAGGCAGAAGUGCAUAUGCAUCAUGAUCCUCCUCAAAGGCGAAUGGCUAGGCAACGGCCAAGUCCUUAUGACAGACCUCAGGAUGCCAGAUGCUAUGGUAGUCUUGCUAGAGGAGCUAGGUUUCAAGAAAUGAGCUAUGGUGCCUAUGGAAUUGGAUAUGGAGACUAUAAUGACUACCAUGGAUAUAGUCAUGAAUAUCACUUUGGAAGAGACCUCAAUUACUACUUAGGAAUGUCUGGUCAUAGCUAUGGAGAUAGCUGGUCUACCUUCCAGAGGCCAGCGGGUCAUUUUGUGCACAUGAGAGGACUACCUUACAAAGCUACUGAAAAUGACAUCUAUGAAUUUUUCUCACCACUCAAACCUGUGGGAGCAUACAUUGAAACUGGACCUGAUGGCAGAGUGACUGGAGAAGCAGAUGUUGAAUUUGCUACUCAUGAAGAUGCUGUGGCAGCUAUGGCAAAAGACAAAGCAAAUAUGCAACACAGGUACAUAGAGCUCUUCUUGAAAUCUAUAGCAGAAGAAGACAGUGGUGCUUAUGAACACAGGUACAUAGAGCUCUUCUUGAAAUCUAUAGCAGAAGCAGACAGUGGUGCUUAUGAUCCCCAAGUGAUGGGAGGCAUGGGCUUCUCAAACCAGUUUAGUUAUGGCAGUACACCUAGCCAGGUGCUGAAUGAAGCUUAUGGAAGAGCCUUUGAUGACCAGAACGAAGGUGACCAAGUUUUACAGGAAAACUUGAGCAAUUUUUCAACCAUACCUUGCAUGGGGAACCAAGGAGAGAUGAACAGCAGCUACAACAAUUGGGAAAGCUUUGCACCUGUGGGAAUGAAUAGAAUGGAAGGAAUAUCAGCCAUGCCCAGUAUGGGAAGUCAGUCAGCAAUGCAUCCUGAUCAGUGA